CAUUUUUAACAUCAAACAUUCAACCAAAAAAACACACAAACACUAAAAAAAAGCGAUACAAAAUACGCGGCGUCUAGAAGUUGCAUUUUAUUUAUCAAAUUUUCGAGAAACAAAAAAGAAAAAGAAAAUGGGAGGAAUGGUGAUUAAAGAGGUUGAGAUGUGCUUAAGUUUGGUAAGAUUAGGGUUAGAAUUCGUGGUUGUUUUUGCAGAAGCAGUUAAAACGGUUAUGCAUCGAAGUUUAGAUGCUGAUGAUGAGCGUAUGAGUGCUAGAAAUCGACAAAUUCUUAAUUAUAAUUACCAAGUUCCUUUUCCUUACCCUGGUCUUCUUCCUUAAUUAAUUUCUCUGCAUCAUUUAAUUGAUCUUUGUACAUAUACGGAGGAGUAUAAAUAUACGUAUUGCAUGUAUAUCUACUUUGUACAAAAUGAUGGCAAGAAUACGAGGGGAUCGAUCGAUGUAACGAUGUUUGUUCUUCGUUUUGAAUUAAUUACAAUUUUGUUUUGGUUUUAGGAAAUUAAAGUUUAGUGUAUGUAUGUAGUUAAUUUUCUACUUUGUGAGUUGAUCACAGUUUUGAUUAGUAGUAAUUCAUAUUCUUAAUUGGCAACUUUUCUGUCUCA